UUGACCCCUUCAAAAUUUGCAGAGAUACAGACCGAGCGUAAGAGGAGAGCAAACAAGAUCCGGAUCGCUGGUGGGUGAAGAAAACCGAAAUGGAGGAGACUGAAUUAGUGAGUUUAUGCUUAGAAGCAGCUUGCAAGAGCGAAGAGAGCGUGGAAAAGUGGCGGAGGCAGAGGAGAACUCUCGAGCGCCUGCCGUCUCACCUCGCGCAAUCUCUCCUUCAGCGCCUCCUUCAUCGCCGUCUCCUCUUUCCUUCGUUACUCGAAGUUUUCAAAUAUAGCAUGGAGGAGAUAGAUCUGAGAGGUCAGAACUCUGUUGAUGCAGAGUGGAUGGCAUAUAUAGGAGCAUUCCGAUAUCUACGCUACCUCAGUCUUGCAGAUUGCCAUAGAGUCACUAAUUCUGCCCUUUGGCCUAUAAUAGGGAUGGCCUGUUUAAAAGAACUGGACCUCUCUAGAUGCACAAAGGUUACUAAUGCUGGUGUCAGGCAUCUUAUAUCAAUUUCGACUUUGGAAAAGUUAUGGGUUUCAGAAACUAGGAUAACCGCAGAUGGUGUUGCACUUCUCUCUUCACUUGAAAACCUAUCUGUACUGGACUUGGGUGGUUUACCUGUCACUGAUAAGGCACUGAAUUCUCUCCAGCUGCUUACAAAGCUUGAGUACCUAGACCUUUGGGGGAGUAAAAUCUCUAACGGUGGGGUUGGAGUUCUUCAAAGCUUUCCCAAGUUGAGCUUCCUCAAUCUAGCUUGGACCAGCAUUACAAACUUGCCUGAUCUGUCAGCCCUUGAAUGCUUAAACAUGAGUAACUGUACUAUCAACUCUGUACUUCAUGGUACUGGCGAUAAAGCUCCUUUAACGAAGCUUAUUUUCUCUGGAGCAACUUUCAUAGAUGGGGCUGAAACCUUUUUAUAUAUGGAAAAGAGUUUACUACUGUUUCUGGAUAUAUCCAACUCUUCCCUUCAUAGAUUCAGCUUUUUAUCAUAUAUGGAAAUGCUAGAACAUUUGGAUCUCAGCUCUAGCAUGUUGGGAGAUGAUUCUGUGGAACAUAUUGUUUGUAUUGGAGCCAAUCUGAGAUAUCUAAACCUCAGCAGCACAAAAGUGAGCUCCACUGGAGUAGGGGUUUUAGCUGGACAUGUUCCCAAACUUGAAAUUUUAUCUCUGUCUCACACAUCAAUAGAUGAUAUGGCUCUCUUGUAUAUUGGCAUGAUGCUCUCACUUAAGGUUGUUGACUUAAGCAAUACAAACAUUAAAGGUACUAUUCCUGUGGAAGGCAUGGAUUGCCAGAUGGUCAGCUCACUGGCAGCCCUGCAAAAUCUUGCUUGUUUGGAGAGGUUAGUUUUGGAGCAGACAAAAGUUAGGGAUGCAGAUUUGAGCCCUUUAUCAAGCUGCAAAGAGCUGAGCCAUUUAUCUCUCAAUUGCGCUUCCCUUACAGAUGCUACACUCCACCUCUUAGCAUCUCUUCCGAGGCUGACAUACCUGUCCAUUUGUGAGGCUGUGUUGACAAACAGUGGCCUGGAUUCAUUUACACCCCCAGCAGCUCUGAGAGUGCUGGACCUAAGGGAUUGUUGGCUCUUAACUGAAGAUGCUGUCUCACUAUUCUCAAAAAAACAUCCUCAAAUUGAGGUAAGGCAUGAAGCUGUUCCUCUCCUUUCAUCAGAACUAGUCAGUUCUAAUCGAGCAUCUCUGUCACAACCAUCUUCGAGGACUUCCCGAAUGAAGAGUAAACAGAAAAACAUGCCUCUUUCUCAGUUUUUUAUAGAUCAAAGAUUGAAGUACAGCAGAGAAGAGCUACUUGCACUACAGUAUUCCUUUUUGUCUCUAAACUCACCAGAUGAUACAGGUAUUAUUUUAUCAGAGUUGCAAUUAGAUCCAAUAAAUUAACUUUGACAUAUGUUGUGCAGCAUAUUUUUGUAUUGUAGCUGAGAACAAACAACUUUUAAGUAACUUCUCUUUUCCAAUACUAAUUGUCUGAAUGCAGAAUGAAUCAAUGAGCAAGCUAAGGUAAGAUUUUAAUUGCAUUUUUAUCUGUUUGGUACAUAUUUUGUGUGUGUGUGUGUGUUUUUUUUUUUCUUAUUUGCAUUCUCUCGAGAUGUGCAUACAACAGGUAAGGUUAGUAAAAUCCAUGGUCUCUGCGGCAGCAGAUAUUGGGUGUUGCAGUGAACCGAUAUUGUAUAUUGCUGUUGAGUAGUUAACAUAAACCAUUCACAUGAGAUAACUCCUGAUCACGGUAGCAUAAGAAAUUCUGCAGCUUAAUUUAAAUGAUUCUUAGGUCUCAUUAUAUUUUCCUUCUCCCCUUCUUUAUGGUCUUGUGAUGCCUGUGGGGCUGGGGGAGACGCAUCUAUAUGGUCAGGUGUCAUCAGAUUUGAACUUUUGUGGGUAAACAUCAUACCAAGGACUACUAACAAGUGCUUGAUUAAGUUAGUACCCACUAACUUAAAAACUUUGAUUCUAGGGGAGACGCAUCUAUAUGGUCAGGUGUCAUCAGAUUUGAACUUAUGUGGGUAAACAUCAUACCAAGGACUACUAACAAGUGCUUGAUUAAGUUAGUACCCACUAACUUAAAAACUUUGAUUUAGAAUCAAAGUUAGAGGUUCAAACUUCUGUGAUGCCAAGUUGUAAAUGUUCUGAUAUACCCAAAAAAUCAUACCAAUGACUUCUUAUCUUGCUACAAGCCCAAGCCUUCGGGGUAUCUUUUAGCAACAUUCAUCCUUUUUAUUUUAUAGUCUUGGGCAACAUUCAUCCUUAUCAUCAUUUUUAUUUUUUGGCCAUCCAUCGUCACCAAGCCGCUCAGGACCUGCCACGGACCACAGGCCACC